AUGGUAUAUUAUUCCAUAUAAAUAAAUAAAAAUAGAUAAAAUUCUAAAGCGCUUUUAUUAAUCAGACUUAAUUUAUAAUUUCUAAAAGUCUAAAAUAUUAAAAUUAAUUAUCAAAAUUUCGCUUAAGAUUUAAAAAUCCAAAGAUAUACAUUAAAAUUUUAAAAAGUUGCACAAGAUUUAUGAUAUAAGACUAUAUUACGUUUGUUUAAUAUCAACCUUUAAGAGGAAUAUAAGAGGAUUGAUCAUAAAAUUUUAGUCAGACUUAUAAUAUUGAAAUCUGAAUCACACAGAAGAAUAAUACAAUUAAUAAAUAAUAGGUAUAUAAGGUUAUAUGAGAUACAAUUUUAUGAAUAAAAGAAGAAGAAUUUUAUAAAGAAAAGUUAAGAAACUAAAUUAGAAAAAGUAAAAAGUUAAUUGAGGAUUAUAAGGCAACAAAGAGAAAACCAGCAAAAAAGAAGGAUUUAUAAUAAUAAAAUUACUCAAAAUAAAAAUAAAUUUCUUAAGCACAAGUUUAAAUAUAAUAACAAUAGUUAAUUAUUGAUGAUAUUUAAUAGUAUAUAGAUUAAGAAACAAAAAUUUAACGUUUCAAUUAUUUUGAUAAUAUAUGA